AUGGGGAAGAUCAUCUUCUACGAGGACAGGGACUACCAGGGGCGUUCAUACGAGUGCAGUGAUGACUGCACUGACCUGUACUCACACUUCAGCCGCUGCAACUCCAUCAAGGUGGAGAGUGGCUGCUGGAUGUUGUAUGAACGAGCAAACUACAUGGGUUACCAGUACUUCCUGCAGAAGGGAGCAUAUCCACAUUUCCAACACUGGAUGGGCUUCAACAACUGCAUUAGGUCCUGUCACAUGAUCCCUCAGCACCAAGGCUCCUAUAGAAUGCGGAUAUAUGAAAGAUCAGACUUCAGAGGUCAGAUGAUUGAGUUCACUGAGGACUGCCCUUCAGUGUACGACCGCUGCCGUUUCUCUGACAUCUAUUCCUGCAACAUCAUGGAUGGCUAUUGGCUGUUCUAUGAACAUCCUAGUUUCAGGGGCCGUCAGUACCUGUUGGGUCCCGGUGAAUAUAGGCAGUAUUAUCACUGGAGGUCUAUGAGCCCCAGAAUAGGAUCCUUCAGACGCAUCACCUACUAA